AAAAAUUUGUUGAUUUUGCCUCAGACCAGGCUCAUGCUUUCAAAAAUACCUUUAUUGCCAAGCUGUAAAAUACUGCAAACUCUGAGUGAUUUCUGUUGCAGUGUUGCAACAACCAAUCAGAUUACGAGUUCUUAAUAGGGGAAAUACUAACUGCUUAUCGCAGGGGGUAAAAAGAAAGAAUAUAUUCUGGAUUUUGAAGCCCUGUGAUUGGAGGAUGUAUUUUUUGUGAAUUUAGAUCAUUAGAAUUUCAUGGCUUCUUUAUUUUACAAAUUUAUAAUGCUCUUAAAAAGCGCAAAAUAUAAUGGCAUACAAAAAAAUACUAAGAGUACAGUAAGUAUUAAUUUUUUACAGGCCACACCUGAUCGGAGGAAGAAGCGAAGGGUUGGUGGGUAUGAUUCCUGCGAAGGUCGCGGUGGGGGUGAUGCAUUUGCAUCGCGGCUGGAGGGAGACCAAAUGCAUUCCCAACCUGUAGUAGUGCUUACUGUACCCAGAAUAACUGAAGUGCUUACUGUACCUAGAAUAGAAACUGGAGUGCUUACUGUACCUAGAAUAGAAACUGUAGAGCUUACUGUACCUGAAAUAGAAACUGAAAUGCUUACUGUACCUGAAAUACAAACUGAAGUACAAACUGAAAUACAAACUGAAGUGCCUAAUUUACCUAAAAUACCAUAUGGAAAGCAAGAAAUGCCAGUACCAUUGUGCUUCAAUAAGACCAUACUUUCAGAAGUCGCAUUCUCAUGUUCAACUGAAUAUAUGUAUAAAAACAUUGAUACAAUAUCCCGUACAACUUCUAAUAUUACUGAGAACAAUACAAACCAUCACAAGGUGUUAGCAGAAGAUAUGGAAGAUUCAUUAAUAUCUGAGUUUGCCACACUGUUAAUACAGAAUACCAUAAAGAAAUCUGAGAAGAAGAAACUCAGAAAACUUACCAAAUUUGCCAAUGUGUCAGCAGAGGUUGGAACUGUCACACAACCAAAAGAUAUUUUAAUAGCAAACUGCAUUGAUACUCUUGCAAAAUCUCUCAAAAUUAUUCAUGAUGUGAACGCACUUCUUACUGAUAACAAUGAUAUUCUUAGAUCUCUGUUGAAAUCAGAAAAGUACUUAAGUAACAAAAUAAGGAGACAAGAAAGAUCUGAAGUUAUCAAAAUGAAAGCAAGAAGAAAGAAAAUGGAACGACAUUUAAAAAACAAUGAAACAUUACAGCCUAUUCUUAUAAAAACACAGAAACUAUCGAGGCGUAAACUUGGACGAUUGAAAAGCAUCUCAACUUCAAAACAACAAAAGCAUGUCCCAGAUAGUACUUUCAGAGCUUCACAACCAAAGAAACAUGUAUUGCCACACCAUGAUCUAGAACAGUUUUUGUCUGACAACACUGUAAGAGUACCACCAAUUGAAAAUAAUGAUCUCAAAAUCUUAAACAUUGAUAACACUGAAACACUGUUCAAGCUGAAUAUUGAACACUGUUCAAACAGGAAAGAAUUGAAAAGAUCCAAAUAUCUUAGUUACAAAUCAGAUAUUGAUACAACUAGAAACAAACCAGAAACUAAAAAUAUGCCAGACAGUGAAAAUCCAUACUUUGUAGAAAUUGUAGAACAAAUGCAAGAUAUUUUUGCUGAAGGAUGUUUACGUGUUCCACCAGUAACGAUUCAUAGUCAUAGCAAAAACAAUGAAAUACUGUUUUCCAUGAACCAUAAAUAUGAAGUGAAAAAGACUGAAAUCUUAGAAGCUGACAAUGGUGACAAACUGUUUAAUGAAAAUGUGUCUUCGAAAGAUUUACAAACUGGAACAAAAUACAAAGUUUCCCAAACUGGAGGUUACAACCCAAAAGAUAAUUCUAAGGAUAAAUCAAAGGAAAGUCCCGAUGAUGUAACUGUUUUGAAAGAAACCUACAGUGAGCCUAUUGGGAAUUUUAACCCUUUGCAAAACCAAGAGAAAGUUCAUUUAUGCAACAUCCAUCAUCUCAAGUAUACGCCAAAAAGCAAUGAUCCUGUAUAUGACAAUGUUGAAAUUGCCUUUAUGAAGCCAAAAUAUGAAUCCUUAAAACAUAUCAGAGGUGAUGGAAACUGUCUUUUUAGAGCAAUUGCAUAUUGCAUAACAAACGAUGAAAAUGACCACACUGCUAUUAGACAGAGUAUAGUGUCUCAUAGAAAUGACCAAAGCUGUAAGAAAUACAUUUGUAAAACAAGAGGAAUAACCGCAACAGAAUUGGAAAAUCAUAUAAGAUCCCAAAAUAUGAAUAGAUCAUCUGUGUGGGGAACUGAUAUUGAAAUUGCCGCAGCUUGCCAUUUAUUCCAAACCCAGAUACUUACUUUUGAAAACACAAAUAGAUGGACAGUAUUUGGAAAAACAUUUGUUAACAGAUGUAUGUACCUAGAUCAUUCUAGCCAAUGUCAUUAUGACGUGGUAACAGAUGUGAUAGAUGCAAAUACAAAUACAAAUCCUGCAAAGAACAAUGCAUCAGCAAUACAGAUAUUUGAUCAAGUUAUAGAAGGAAAUAUGUCUCAAAAUCAUCUAAUGUUUGAAGGCAUAGGUCAAGGAAAACAAUGUUAUGCUAACUCUUUGUCAUUUUUACUGAUGCUUCAAAAUGAAACUCACCAUGAAAUUAAUGCAGAAUUCAUUACUGAUGUUUUAGUCCGAGGCAACAUAUUAUACAAUAGUAUCAUAUCUCAAAAUCCAACUCCAACAGGUUAUUUGGAAAUAUUUGAUAUUCCAAAAAUCUUAAGCUUUAACAACAAAAAUUAUACAUACAAAUCAAGACAACAACAGGGAUACUUAGAAUACUGGAAUUAUACUGAAGAAGAUGACCAAGGAUUAACUCUGCAUGAAGCUAUUGAAAAAGUUCUCACAGAUUACAAUGCAUGCCUUGUUACAUUCCUCAAUACAACAACAUGUGUGAUGAAGAACAAAAGCAUAUAUUAUUCAUUUGACCCACACAGUAGGGAUGAGCAAGGAAGAAUUAAUGUUUUGGGAAAUGCAAUAGUUCACAUGUCGAAUUCAUUGGAAAAAAUAUCAUUAUUCUUGUGGAACACUGCAGAGUCAUUAACUGAUAGUAUAAUAAACAGAACUAAUGCCAAGCAUGGAUUUUCUGUUGAUGGUAUAACAUUUGAAGAAUGUAGGAAAUCUAAGCAAAUAAAAGAUCAAAACUUCGAGCCUAAACUAUCAACAAUAUCUAGCAAAAUAAAGUGUAGGAAUGACCAAGCAAAAAAUGAAGUAAAAAACCUUACUGCUAGUCAACCAUCCAUGUCCUCAAAGUCAGCUAGAAGAACAUCUUGUAAAAAAAAAUUAAAUUUUAAUGAAAAUAUUGAUGCACAUCAAAAAAAGGAAUCUCAAAGUAUAGAACCACUGUCUGAUCAUGAACAAAAUGUUGUUGAUCCAAUGAGUCUACAGAUCAAAGAAUCAUAUGUUCGUCUAUGUAAAUUAACAUGCAAACGUGGACAGCUAGUUGCUGGAAAAUGUGAUAAAGCUAGAAUGCAUUGUACCAAAAAUACUGUAAAUAAUCAAGAAA